UGCUUUCGUUUCAAGGCGACGUCACCUCGCUCGUCCUUAUCUCCAACGAGUACGCGCCGACGACGUUGGCGACCCCCUCGAACGAGCUCAAGCAAGCGACCAAGGUCUUCUACUACCUCUGUGUGUACACAAGCGUGCUCUUACUGCUCGUGGCGUCUCUCUGCACGUUUUACGGGGCGCUCAGCGGCUUUCACCUCGCGGGUCGCAACUUGUUCCGCUUCAACCGUGUCGUGGGCUCGGUCUGGAUCGGCCGCCCGCUGCUCAUCGUGCGCGGCGGCACCGCGAUGCUGCUCCUCAGCACGGCCCAAGUGUCGUUGGUGGCAACGGGCCACGGCACGCGGUUCGCCUCAACGCCGCGCACACUCGUUGAGACAAUCGUAGUCGCGGGCGAGGCGACGUGGAUCACGUACGUCAUCAACGACAUUUUACUACUGGUGGUUCCUCAGCUGUCAGCCUACUACGCGCCAAUCAGCAGCUGCGCGCUCUGGCUGGUGUACAUUGUACUCGACGCGUUGUCGCCCGUCGAGCUCUCGGCGACGUUGCAUCGGGCGUGCAGCAGCACGGAUGUCGACUACUAUAUUUCGUGCACCAGCGGCCUCGUCGAAGUGGGCAGCACGGCUCGUAUCACACUCUUACUAUGGCUACAGCUGCUUGUGAUUGGCCUCGCGCUGAGCGCUACGGCGCUCGUCGUGCACGUUCGUGGGUCGCUCGCCAGCAAAGACGACAUGGCGUCAGACACGCCGUUUCUCAUCUCGUCGGCGACCAACGCCUUCUUGACUACCAUGGGCGACACCAACGUGUGGGCGAUCGACCGCGUCGCAUGCAUCAUGGCCGGCCUCGUGCCCUUUACGCUCCGCCGAAAACACUUUACGUUCGACCUCAAGUCGUGGCUCGUCGUCAAGGAUACCGUGUCCGUGUACCAGUCGGGCAAGACAACGAUGGUCGAGACGCCUCCGCUAGGGCACACCAUCUCGUCCGGGUCGCUUUUGCUGCUCUCAAGUACCUCGCCCCUCGAGCGCCACAGCUGGGAUCGGCCGCUGGCGCUCGCAGGACUUGUCUACAUGACGGCAACCAUCGUCGGGUCGCUCUCGUACAUCAACGUCUCGGACGUCAAUUUGGCCAAUGAUCUGUGGUGGGCGCACUUUAACAGCACGGGCGCCCACGCCUUCAUCGCCAACUGGUACAACGAACAGCUCUAUCUCAACGCGAGCUACGCGUCGUUUGCGCUCGAUGCACCCAACAUCUCGCACACGUCCUUGUAUGGCGCGCCCGAUAUCUUUGUGACUACCGCCGCCAACUUUGGUUCGAGCCUCCAACACACGCAGCUGAAUACGCUACCGGCCGUCAUUGCGGGUCUGCGGACCAUGGACGCCUGCACCCACGCGUCCUGGAUCUUUACGCAAUACUGCUUUCUCGACUUUCAACAGACGUGGCCCAUGGCCAACUCGGCGCGGCGCCAAGAACGCUGUGCCAAGAUGACGGCCAACGGCGCCGUGUACCUCGAGAGCCUCCUUCGCAACGUUGCUUGGGCCGAUUGGCAGCCGUGCUGGGGCGCCGCGUUCCAGAUUGCUUUCAGCAAUGACCUCCAAACCUCUUUGAACGGCCAGCGCUGGCUCGCCCAAAUCCAAGCGCCCAAUUCCUUGACCAUUGUGGACGAAGCCACCUACUGGCGCACGUUUGGUAUCGCGACGUACGACGUUCAGUGGCAAAACUACAAAAAAGUCGGUCUCCUCAGCUCGUACAAUGUCUGGUCAGCGUACAACAAGAAGGCGGCGUUGACGCUGCAGGCGCUCAACGGCUCGUACCAGUUCAGCGCACAGACGACGUUCAAGGCGUACUGGGCCCUCGCCAACGACUUUGCCGCCGUGACGUCCAACAGCAGCGGUGUCGGCGGCCUCUCGCUGCUGCGGUCCAGUGCCCGCUUCGCCUUUGGCAACACGUCGCUCGAGUCGGUGCUCAUUGCCAACACGACGCUCUCGGCGCCGUUUGGCGCUGGUUUUAGCUUUGUCCAAAGCAUCCUCGGACCCUUUGGCUCGAUGGACAUGCGCUACGUCCGUGCACCGGCGUCGGCCCAGCAGCUCCUUCUGCACGUCCUCGGCGCCCUGCGGAGCAGCGCCUUGCGCUCCAACCAGAGUCAGUCGGCGUAUCUAAGCAUUCACGUGCCCGACUCGAUGUACCCCGUGCCGCAGCCGUGGCUUAGCGCCAAGCUCCUGUCGUACGGCGGGUCACCGCUCUGUCCCGAACUCGGUGCCUCAAGCGGGCUUGCAGUUACGACGGGCUUGGUCAGUCUGCUAUCGUACAGUGCGCGCUGCUCGAGUGCGACGGGUGCGCAAGCAAAGAUGACGCCGUCGCGAGAGCAGGUGGUCUUUGCUCUCGUGCUCUCUGGUAUCACUGCUGCCAGUCCCAUCACUGCCAUCUGCGCGGCAGAUACCAGCGGGUACAAGGCCUGUCCCGACUACCUACGUGGCGCCAGAUCGUACCUCGACACGUAUCUGCCUGCUGUCGACUGGGCACCCGAGGUGGCCGCCACCAUCGCGGAGACGACGGCGCUCAACAUUUCUCUGCUGCAGCUGACGCGCACCAACAAGACGUCGCCGCUUACGUGGUCGCAGCUUCCGCUCUUUAACCCGAGCGACACCCACUUUGCAUUCUUUGCGUGGUGCUACAUGGCCGAGUGGCUCCAAGGGUUUCGCGAAGUCGCUACGCGGCUCCAAAAGCAGCGCCAGGGCAAAGCCAAAGCACGCGCCGCUCAGAAGGCGAGUGAGACGCCCGAAGAGAAGGCUGCGCGGCUCCAAACGCAGCGCCAGGGCAAAGUCAAGGCACGCGCCGCUCAAAAGGCGAGUGAGACGCCCGAAGAGAAGGCCGCGCGGCUCCAAAAGCAGCGCCAGGCCAAAGUCAAGGCGCGCACAACACAUGAUGAUGGCCUUCACGACCUUGCCGGGAGCAUUCUUUCGCACCAGAGCAUCGAUGCUGCCAGCAUCAAAGCCAUCUCGCAGAACUUUACCAAAUACCCGAACCUCGCGAUCGCUGCCUUUCACCUCUGCUCUGGAAACCCCGACGCACAUAUCUGCAACGAUGAGACGUUGAACGGCCCGGGCGGCCGUGCCGUUUGUGACCGCGUCUUGCGUGCUGUCGGCGAAGCUGUUGGCCAGGCUGACGCUGCUCGCUGCCAGGAAAGUGCACGCCAGCGUGAUGCCGGGUCCGGGCGUAUCGCUGCCUGCGCCUCGUGCAAUGAGGCGCUCUACGAAUGCGAAGGACAUAUUGUUGACGCGGGGCCUAUCGAACGCUUACCGGCACAGUUCCGCCUGAGUGAACUCCAAGUCGCUUUGUUGCCGACCAACGCCAACCUCGUCGCAGACGUGGUGUCGGUCCUCCGUGUCGGUGGCGUGCAUUACCAUCUCAACCCGAAUCUUGUCCCAGACACGGGCAACGUCGUGUUAUGCUCGGCAUGUGCCAAGGACCCGAAUGCUGGGUCGUACAACGUCGCUCCGUUCAGUAUCGCCAAGGGUCACGAUUAUGGGCGCAGAGAGACGCUGCCCAAGAUCACCGACGCCACGUUGCGUGCCAUCACAGCAGCUCGAGCUCAUCACAUCAACCUUCUUGUCCGACCACAUCACGCAACAGCCCACUGCAUUUGCUUCUUUGCGGAUGGUGCAAUUCAAGUUGCCAAGACCUUGCCAGAAGUCACGGACGGACGGCGGCUGCAUGUGACGUACGUCGGACCUCACGAAGAGUGCGAUGAGACGCUCAAGUCCAUCCGCGAGCACCACGAGAUCGUUGCAGACACCGCGUACCGAUAUCUUCACCUCUGGAAAGGUGUGGGCCACCCGAGCUACGUUGAUGUUACCAUCGACGACAGCACACAGAUGCGUGAAUGCAUGGCUGCCGAUGCCGACAUGAUCGAGAGCGAGGUCUUCAUCAACGACGACCCAGACGUCGUUGCCCUCAAGGAGCAUCUUGACGCCAAUGACAAGGACAAUGACGAGAGCCCGAUCGACCACAACAAGUCGGCGCCGAACCUCGUACAUUCGGCGGUCCUUGAACAGCCGUCCGCUAUCAACAAGACGGUCAAUGCGUACCUCGAUGCGUUCUGUGACAUUGUGUGCCCAGACGAAGACAUUGACGACGACCACAUUUGCGAUGGGCCGGACGUCGACAACGACGACGAUGCGAUCAUCAACGCACUUGACGCAGUUGCUGGAGUUGUGACCGAGCACGCGCCUGUGGACGAGCAACUCGGUGAGGUGUCUAUGCUGCCGGCACAUUUUCUCGUUUUGCUGGACUCUCGUCUCCGCACAAUGUACCCCGGCAAAGGCGACUUCGGCGGCAAGUCGGUCCUUCUCGUCGGCGAUUUUUGGCAACUCGAAGUCACGUGUGGUCGCGACCUGUACCACGUCAUGUACGAGCACGACACGGAGACGGACAUCAAGGCUUUCCAUUUGUUUCUACAGUUUCAUUUCAUGGAUCUGAUCGAGCAAAUGCGCGCUGCUGCAUGCCCCGCACACCAACGGCGUUUGACGGCGUUCCGCGCGCUCCCAACGAA